AUGACUGAAAGCAACGGCGAAAUGAUUGUUAACAACAAUUUACUCGUCAUUAACGACCGAAACUAUACUAACAGUAAGAGUGCGGGCGAUGAGGGGGACGGGGAGGACAGGGAUGGCGAGCGGUUUGAGUGCGACUGCAGGUUAGGUCCCAAUGAGAGCGCGUGUUAUACACAGUUUGACGGGAAAGUCAUGUCCGACCACCGCAUCGAUUACCAGAGCUGUGACUAUUGGGACGACGAGUGCUAUAACCUAAUGAAUGAGCGCAUCAUUGCUAUCAUGUCUGUACUGAUCAACAACUCUCCGGAAGUGGAGAACCCGACCGCCAGGCGCCGGAAGCGGCAGAAAACGAGCGUAAAGUUCAUGUGGAGGGGACGGCCGGUGUGUAAGCAGCUGUUCCUAUGGGUUCACGCCAUGAAAAAGCCGAAGUGGACGUACCUGAAGAAGCGAUACCUGGCGUAUGGUGUGGAGCCCCGACAGCAUCAGAAUAAGACCAAACCCGUCAACAGUAAGGCCAUCAACGGUGAAGAGCGCAAAGCGAUCGUCCAAUUCAUCCGAGAGUACGGCCGACAGAACGCCCGCAAUCCCAACGCCGGCGCCGAUCGGUGGGAUGAGUGCGACUGCAGGUUAGGUCCCAAUGAGAGCGCGUGUUAUACACAGUUUGACGGGAAAGUCAUGUCCGACCACCGCAUCGAUUACCAGAGCUGUGACUAUUGGGACGACGAGUGCUAUAACCUAUUGAAUGAGCGCAUCGUUGCCAUCAUGUCUGUACUGAUCAACAACUCGCCCGAAGUGGAGAACCCGACCGCCAGGCGCCGGAAGCGGCAGAAGACGAGCGUAAAGUUCAUGUGGAGGGGACGGCCGGUGUGUAAGCGGCUGUUCCUAUGGGUUCACGCCAUGAAAAAGCCGAAGUGGACGUACCUGAAGAAGCGGUACCUGGCGUACGGUGUGGAGCCCCGACAGCACCAGAAUAAGACCAAACCCGUCAACAGUAAGGCCAUCAACGGUGAAGAGCGCAAAGCGAUCGUCCAAUUCAUCCGAGAGUACGGCCGACAGAACGCCCGCAAUCCCAACGCCGGCGCCGAUCGGUGG